AAAAGGCGGAAAGCGGCAAAAUGGUUAGCGGAUGACAUCACCGCCAUUUGCAUAGGCGCGGGGAUAAAACCGCCCCGCCAGCGAGCGCCCUUUAUACUGGCGUGCGGAGCGGCGGCGGCAGCGAGCGGCGGGGCUGAGCAUCACCGCGCGGCGACACCGAGUCACCUGCCAACAUGUCCGACAAACCAGACAUGGCCGAGAUCGAGAAAUUUGACAAGUCCAAAUUGAAGAAGACAGAGACGCAAGAGAAAAACCCCCUGCCUUCAAAAGAAACAAUUGAACAGGAGAAGCAAGCGGGUGAAUCGUAAUGAAAUCUGCCCUUCCAAAUUAUGCACUGUACAUUCCACAAGCAUUGCCUUCUUAUUUUACUUCUUUUAGCUGUUUAACUUUGUAAGAUGCAAAGAGGUUGGAUAAAGUUUAAAAUGACUGUACUGCCCCUUUCACAUCAAAAGAAUAGAGAGAACUACUGACACUGAAUGAAGGCGCUGCCUUUCCCUCUGCCUGUCUGGCUUUGGUCCUGGUGGCAUGAAAGAGCUUGCAUGUUGAUGAAAGAAGAACUUGGGUGGGACUACAGUAAACUAGAGUAACACACGAAUAAAUGCAAAGCUGUACCAAGGUCCUGCGAGCUGUAAAAUGCAGUUAAUCGAGUGCCAUUUUUUUUUUUGUUCAAAUGAUUUUAAUUAUUGGAAUGCACAAUUUUUUUAAUAUGCAAAUAAAAUGUUUUAAAACCUG